UAUAGAGUCUACAAGCUACGGGAUAUACGAAAUGGCAUUGAUCAGGACACUGGUUUGGGGUAUGGCGGUGAUCAGGAUAUUGGCAAGGGGUAUGGCAGUGAUCAGGACACUGAUAUGGUGGUGAUCAGGAUACUGGUAUGUAGUAUGGGGGUGAUCAGGACACCGGUAUGUGGUGUGGAGGUGAUCAGAACGCUGGUAUGUAGUAUGGGGGUGAUCAGGACGCUGGUAUGUGGUAUGGGGGUGAUCAGGAAGCUGGUAUGGGGUAUGGUGAUGAUCAGGAUGCUGGUAUGGGGUAUAGCGGUGAUCAGUACACUGGUAUGGUGUAUGGUGGUAAUCAGAAAGCUGGUAUGGGGUAUGGAGGUGAUCAGGAUGCUGGUAUGGGGUAUGGCGAUGAUCAGAACGGUUGUAUGGCGUAUGGUGGUGAUCAAGACAUUGAUAUGGGAUAUGGAGGUGAUCACGACACUGGUAUGGGGUGUGACGGUGAUCAGGAUGCUGGUUUGUCAUAUAGGAUAAUCAGGAUACUGGUAUGGGGAAUGGCAGUGAU